AUACCGACGGUAUUGGGUAUACCGAAUACCGUCGGUAUCCGGUACGGUAUCCGGUAUACCGGAUACCGGUUUACGAUUACCACCCCUAUUUAAAUUACUUUUUGAAAAGGGGAGGCUGAUAUGAUCCCAAUUGGAACAGUUUCAAGUAGCCUACUUUGGAGGCUUGGUUCUCUCAAUUGGCUCACUGAAAAUUGGAGUUCAAGGUCUUUAUUUGAAGAUAAAGUUAUCAGUUUUCCAAUGAUAUGCUUUUUGGAUCCAGAUGAUGUCAUUAAGGUUGUUUUCCAAUGCCUCAAAGUUGCUACCUCAAAACUGGAAAACUGCCAGAAGCAGAAAAUAGCUGAGGCAGAAAACUGUUUUGUGAAGCCUACUUUGGAGCUUAAUUCGAGGAGUAUGGAUCUGAUUCAAGUCCAAAGGCUUCCACAACAUGAAACUAAGUAUGUUUAUGUACAAAGGGAAGGAAUUGGAUGAAGGAUUGGAGUUCUGGAAGGCUUCGAACGAAAGGCACGAAGUUAGUACAAAAGCUGCUUUUGGACUGUUUGCUGACAGCUUACUUGUGCUUCAAGAAAGGGAGUUUAAACCCAAAUUUUUGUGUCUUUUUAGACUAGAUUUUUACCUUUAUUGUUUCCUAGUUCUAUUAGGUUUACUUGUCUUUAAAUACCUUCUAGUUUACGAUUGUAAUAGUUAGUAGAUUAUUGUAGAAUGAAAAUUGCUCCUACGUGAGUGUUUUGAGUUCUUGAGUGUCUCGAGAAUUUAUCUAUUGUCUUUAGCUUCGAGUGUAUUCCUUAGCUAAUUACAAGACCCUUGUGAGGCUAUUCUGAGUGGAUUCCAGAAUCGUUUAGCACCUUGAUUGUGGCGAGAAUUUUACCUUUCCGUCAAAUAUCAUUCGAUUGUUUGGUUAGCUGCGUUACUUUGAUCAAAAGCACCCCUUGGCGCUUUAUUAAUCUGAAGAGAGAUUUGGCAGAAACAAUUGCCGUUGUUAUCGUCCUUGCAUCCAUCGUCGUCGUUUCCCGAUCCUCCGUCUCCAUCGCCUAAGUCGCCCUUGCUAGAUUUUCCUCAUUCCGAGUCUUCCUUGGCUGAGAUCCCCUCGAUAUCGUAGCCGCUGUCUUCUUCUGACCCAGAUCUCGUCCAACCCGCCGCCACAGUUGAACCUUCUAAGUGUAAUGCGGUUUUAUGCUUGACCCAUCUCUCCAUUUGUUCAACGACGCAGAUGCAUGCAAUCUCUUUCUUCUCUUGGGUUUGUGUUCAUGAUUUUCGUCGUUGUUGAUUCCCCCGGAGGCUCGUCGGCAGUGGCGGAUCCAGGGGGUGGCCACCCCGGGCCACUGCUCAGCCCUCUCCUGGAUUCGGAGUUAGUAUAGCCCUUAUGAGUUUAUCGAUUUUAGCCAUUUGGCCUAGAUAAUAAAAUUGUGUGUAAUUAGGAAAAUGGGUAAGAUGAACAUAUUCAAAUCACAACUCUAAAUUUAGCCUGAAAAUUCUAGCUCCAAUGUUUCUCAUCUAAAGAAAAACAAACCAUGAAACCUAAAAUUCUAAAACGUAAAAGACUAAAAAAAUAUGAGGAUUAUUCCCUUAUAAGAAAUUACUAGAGCAGCUGGUGAAAAUAAGAAUUGAUACACAAUAUAUUCGAUUGAUUUGUCCAAUGUUGACAUUGCUCGUUUCAACUACUAUGGAGAGAACCUUUUCAACAAUGACAUAGGUGAAAAAUUAUUUACGCAACAAAAUAAGCGAUGAAUUUCUCGUCAAUUGCUUAAGUAUUUUAUUUUAAAGAGAGUAUGUUAUUAGUGUGGGUGUAAACUCCAUUAUUGAUGGAUUCACUACAUUAAAAUUUAAAAGAUCGACGUGUACAAUUGAUAUUGUAAAAAAAAUUGUGAUUUUCUUACGGUAUCUAAUUUUCUAAUGAAAUGCGGCCCAGCGCUCUACUGUGUCCUGGAUCCGCCACUGCUCGUCGGUUGGUAGUGGUUUUGAAGAUCCUAGUAGUGUUUUUCAGCUCUACUUAGUAGUAAUGUUUUGUAAUUUUUGGAAUGAAAUAUGUAAAUAGUGUUCUCUAUUUUUAUACAUUGUAGUAGUGUUUGUAUUAUUUGUGCAUUAUUUUGGUAGUGUUCUCCAAUUGUUGUAGGACCUAGUAGUGUUUUCAGAUUAGCAUUAGUAGUGAUUAUGCAAUUAAGUAGUAGUGUUUAGUAAUUUUUUAGAAUGAAAUAUGUAACUGGUGUCCUCUAUUUUUGCACGCGGUAGCAGACUAGCAGUGUUCUCCAGAUUCUUGUUGGUAGUGUUUUUAUUGCUUAGGUAAUAUUUUGGUCGUGUUCUCCAGUUUUUGCGAGAGCUCGUAGUGUUCUUUCGAUUUAUCAUUAGUAGCGAUUCUGACAGUAGCCUUUCACUGGAGUUGCAUAUGUCAUCGGCAAUAUAAUAUUCCUCUCCACAAACAGCCUCUCCAUUCAAGAUCUCCAAAUAGAUAAAGAAUGAAAAUAAAA